GUGUGUGUGCAUGUGUUUUGUCAGUAUGCCAUGUCGUCCCCUGGCUCGUCGUUUGUGCAGAUAAAGCAUGAAGACCUGCUCUACUAUGAGAACUGUGGAGGGGGCAGCUUUGGGAGCGUCUACCGGGCGCUGUGGAUAUCUCAGGACAAGGAGGUGGCGGUGAAGAAGCUGCUGCGGAUUGACAAAGAGGCGGAGAUUCUCAGCGUCCUGAGUCACAAGAACAUCAUCCAGUUUUAUGGAGCCGUGCUGGAGUCUCCCAACUAUGGCAUUGUCACAGAAUUUGCGAGCGGGGGGUCUCUGUACGAGUACCUGUCCAGCGAGCAGAGCGAGGAGAUGGACAUGGAGCAGAUCAUGACGUGGGCCAUUCAGAUCGCCAAAGGGCUCCAUUACCUCCAUGCAGAAGCUCCAGUCAAAGUCAUUCACAGGGACCUGAAGUCGCGAAACGUGGUGAUGACGGCGGACAAAGUUCUCAAGAUUUGUGACUUCGGCGCCUCCAAGUUCUUGUCUCACACCACUCACAUGACGGUGGUGGGCACCUUUCCCUGGAUGGCCCCCGAGGUCAUCCAGAGUCUGCCCGUGUCGGAAACCUGCGACACCUACUCGUACGGCGUGGUGCUGUGGGAAAUGCUGACUCGGGAGGUUCCCUUCAAAGGCUUCGAGGGGCUGCAGGUGGCCUGGCUGGUGGUGGAGAAGCAGGAGAGGUUGACCAUCCCCAGCAGCUGCCCGGCCAGCUUCGCCGAGCUGAUGCGGAAGUGUUGGCAGGCCGACCCAAAGGAGCGGCCGCGGUUCAAGCAGGUGCUGGUCACCUUAGAGGCCAUGGCCAACGACAGCAGACUCCCAGAGCAGUGCAACUCCUUCCUCCACAACAAGGACCAGUGGAGGUGUGAAAUCGAGUCGACCCUGGAGCGUCUGCGGAAGCUGGAGCGGGAACUUUACUCCAAAGAAAAGGAGCUGGAGGAGCGCGAGAGGCGGCUGCGGCUGUGGGAGGAGAGGCUGAUGGAGAGGUCCAGCAUGAGCCCGAGCCCCACGUCCCUCCUCAUGGACCGCUCCAACAUGUCACCCUUCUUCGCUCCGCUGUCCAUCAGCUCGUCCGGGUCCUUCUUCCGCUCGCACUCCCAGGACUCGGACAGCGUCGGGGUCAGCAGCGCCGGAGUCAGCUCCCUCCUCCGCACCCUCAGUAACGGAGACACGGAGCGAGGGAGCAGCUCCAUGCUGGACAGGGGAGUGGGCUCCUUGGACAGCAGCAGGCUGCACAUCAUGCUACGAGGAAUGCAGGGGCGCUUCGGGGAGGAGGAGCCGGAGGACGAGGGGACCCUGGAGGAGAAGAGUUGGGGGCACAGGGAGAGGGAUGAAGGGGGGAGUCUGGAGGGAGGCAGAGUGCAGGUGACAUUGAGGAGCUUCCCAGGUGGAGUGGUGGAGCGGGAGGAGAGGACAUGGGGGGACGGAGACAGAGAACGAGGGGGGGUGCAUAGGAGCAGGGUGACCACUAUCCUUCGAGGGUACUCAGGGGGAGCGGAGGACAAGAAAGAGGGAGGGUGGGAGAUAGAAAAACCAGGGGAAGGAUUGGAGGAACAUGGGAUGGAGGGAGGGAUGGAAGGAGGGAGGUUGCAGACCAUGUUUAAGGGGCUCCAUGGCAGUUUGGGGGACAUGCUGUCCUUAGACAUGGACGACAUGGGGGAGAUGGACACGCUGGGAGACAUGGAGGUGGGCGGCCUGGGGGUCAUGAAGGUCAUGGGUCGCGGCGUCAGAAGUGAGCUGGGGGUCAGGGGUCACCGCAGCGAUAUGGUGGUCCACGGAGCGCGCGGCGACGUCAGCCAGAAGAUCCGGGGCGAGGUGGGCGUCCUGGGCCACUCGGGGGUGCAGGUGAGCAUGAGGGCCUCGUCCAAUCAGAACUCUGUGAAGAGCUGCAGCGUGAGACACGGCACCAAGAUCAACAUGUCUUCUGCCAUGGACAUGAUGGCGCUGGACUGGUCCGACAGCGAUUAGAGGACCAACUGCACGUCGUCCACCCGUUCCUUCUAUUGUGAGUCGCAGCACGUGAUGAAGUGGCAGCCAACCUCCCGGACCCUCGCACCAGUCUGACUCAACACUUUCACCCAAAUAUACAUUUUUACUGAAACAGAAGUCGUCGCCGCUUCGCAGCGGAACCUCCGGAGUGACUUGGACCCGCCGUCUGAGUUGGAUCCUGCUUGUAGACAAGUGUGUAGAUGUGGAAUCUUAGAACCUGUGUGUGUUUGGCAUUUUUCAAUAAACCCCAUUCAAGGCAUCAGAGGUGCGUUUCCUCAGACGCUCAGCAGCAGAGCCACUCCGGCCAGAACCCACUUGGCGGGUCUCUCGCGCGUCUUCAGACUGAACGUCCAAACGUAUGUGGGUCCUCGGAUUUUGGUCUUGUAGACGGGACACUCGUAGAUGUUCCGGGUUUCCUGCCGGUCGUUCGGAACAGCUCGGACCGAGAUGACGGGCAUGGCCGGCGUCAGGUCCAUCAGGCGGGCUUCGGUGAUGACGCCGGCCGGAAUGUCCCAGCGAGCGCCUGCGGAAGAGUUCCAUUUCCCCAUCAGAACCAGUGAUUCAACUCUCACCCUACAUGUCCGGUACCUUCCAUGAAGAGUCCGUACACGUAAGCUCCU